ACGAUCAGCUCCCUCUGGUGGAGAUCCAGAGCUGCUCCACGUCCGUCACGCAGGACUUCCUGUGGUUCUGUAAGCUGUCGUGUGCGUGGACGCAGGUGCCGCGGCUGCUGCAGGUCCUGUCGUCUUCAUCGCUCUCCUCGUCUUCAUCGCUGCUGCAGAACAGACUCAGUUUCCUGCGGGCCGUCGCGCAGCUGCAGGCGUCGGUGGGAUGUUUGGAUCUGGGUCAGGUGUAUUUUGAGCCGCUGAAGGACCGGCAGGGGAACGUGCUGCUGGUGACCCUGAGAGAGGUCAUGACCCCGCUGACCCUGUCUGACCCCCCGCUGCACUGGCUUCCUGUCAGCAGCCUGGAGAGAAACCAGAACGAGACGCCGCUGCUGCCUGAACCCUCGGCCGUAGAGCUGCUGACACACAGACUCAAGGAGAUGCUGGCGUACCACAGGAGGAGUCAGCAGAGAGCUCAGCCCGGUUUGUAUGUGGGUGUCCUGAAGCUCUGCAGCUCUGUGGAUCAACUCCGCAUCCUGGUCCCGCAGCGAUUACCCAACAUGCCCUGCCACUGCCGUGUCAGAAACCGGCCACACGUCUCACGGGAGGAGUGGGCGUGGCUACAGGAGCACGCAGUGGGCGGGGCCUGUGGCAGUCAGGAGGGUGGGGAUGACUCUGUGAUUGACAGCUCAGGUGUCGAGGACUUUGUGAAGGCGCUGAGAUCUGCAGUGACUCAACUGCUGACCAAACUCAAUGUCCCGCUGGAACGGGCAAGUGAGUACCGUGUCUACACGCAGGAGCUGCUGCAGGUUGGCGAUCGGGUGUCUGUGAUUCUCCUGCUGCCGCCCUGUGAGGAGUUCAGAUCCCGUCAGCGUCCAGCAGCGGGAGCUCAGCACACCUUCACCGUCCCGAUGCACUACUUUGAGCUCGUGCACUUGUGGGCGUAUGAGCGGGAUCUGCUGUCUCAGUACUGUCAGCUGUGGCUCAGACUGGAGCUGGACGUCCGUCUUUCCCAGCAGGCUUUGAGAGAAGCACUGGACACUGAAGAGCUGCAGGAGGCUACGGAGAGACUCGCACACAUCACACAGCUGGCACAGAGUCUGUCUGCGCUUUGGAGCGAGAGCCGCUGGCUGAUGGACGUCAUUCAGACGCUGCGCUCCAAACACUCGGAGGGGGCGGUGCCUCUGGGGCGAGUCAUGACCUCACAACCGCCAAUCAGAUCAGCCGCCGAUGAGGACACGCCCCCUGCUUUACAUACGGUAGAACAGAUGCAAACAGCAGAGGUCAUGGGGUCAGAGGUCAGCGCACCUUUGGAGGUCACAGAUGGGGUCACGUGUCCGGAGACGCCCACCUCACACUACAUCGAUGAGCCCCGUUCCCAUGGAAACAGCACUCGUCGCCAUGGAAACAGCCUCCGGCAGAUGCACUCAUGUCCUGAACUCAGUGAUCCGGCUGCCUCACAUCCCAUAAUGCCUGCGGACGAAGGUCAGGAGCUGCUGACGGAGAUGAUGGACCUGUUCCAGAGCCUGGAUCUGCUGGGAGGCAGUCUGACAGACCUGCAGGAGCUGGACUGGAGCGAUCCAGAACCGGAUCUGCAGGACCAGGAUGACAGGAUGGAAGCGACAGACGGUGCCAUGACCCAGAGGGGACAUCCGGUCAGGAGUCUGGUGGAGUGGGUCAAAUCAACGAUUUAA